CAAAAGAAUUUCAUGCAUUCCAAUAGGGACCAGACCAUGCAGUCAGUUUACAUUCGGACGCGGCGGUGACUAAAAGUGUUGCAAAUUGUCAAGCGGAUGAAAAAGGACUUUUGGCUUUUCAAUUAAAUAGCAGCACAUAGCCAAGUAGAGACCAAUCAAGUGCUGAGUGCAUACUCAUACAGACAUAUAGACUGCGUGUGUUUAAAGUUGUAAGCGCAUGUAAUUUGCGUGCUACAAAGGAAACGGAAAUUACAAACGUAAAUUACACAGGUCAUUAAAGCGUUUUUCCAGCGAACAACGACGACAAAGAAAACGCAGAGCAAAUAAGCAAAAACACACAUAAAAAAGGCAUAAAAGGAAAAGCGAACGAAAAAUAAAAAUCGAAACAAUAAAAGAGUCUUCAGUGCAAUUGUAACGUUUACACGUUGUUGUUGUUAUUGUAAAACAUUUCAAAGCAAGUAAAAAAAAGAAUCAGCAAAAACAUGAGGUGUUUACUUUUGAUUACCACCAUUUGUCUGGUGUUGAUGUCAUCCGGUCUGAGUGGCGCUGAUGCCAAAAAGAAGAAAUAUGUUGGCGAAAAUGGCGGCGAUUUCGAGUUUAUCGAUGAGAUAAAUAAAAACUCGCAAGUUCCCUCGAAGAGCAGCAAUGGCGAACGUAAGCGCUGGAUUCACGAUCCGACAAGUGACCUCUGCCGGCCGUUAAAUUGCAAGAAGCGUGAAAUUUGUCUGCUGGAGGAUGAGUACAGCGCUGUGUGUGUGUCGAAGCGUGACUUACACAAGAAUCGUGAUGAAAUAAUCACGAAAGCCAAGUACUUGGAGGAGGAGGCGGCUAAGCGGCGUGCCAAUAAGGAGAAUAACAACAACAACAACAAUAAUAUUAACAACAACAGCGAUAAUGAGAAUGAUGAUGAGGAUGCGAAGAAUUUCAGCUCAGACGAAGAGUCCCGUGAGGAUGAUGUCUUCUACGAGAACAACAACACAGCCGGCGAUAAGGACGACGAAGAGGAUGAAGACAAUUGCAAGCCCUGCCCGGUGGCAAAGCCGACUUUCUUAUGCGGCGCCGACAACCGUACAUACUCAUCGCUAUGCAGAUUGGAUUACCACAACUGCAUACAUUCAACAACCAUACGGAUAGCCUGCAAGGGAUUCUGUCCAUGCAAGGAAAAUACGGAUGGCAAACGUUUGCAGCGUCUCAGUGAGCGUCAAAGCGCAUUUAAUGCCAAAUAUAAGAAGACCAUUGAGCAACAACAGCAGCAACAGCAACAACAGCAAAAACAACAAAUGCAACAACAAUUAAUGUACAAGGAUAACAGCAAUAGCAACAAUAUUUUGGGCAACACCAACGACAAUUUGGACAACACUUUGAACAGCAACAAUUUUAAUGCUAUUAUGGACGAUAAGGACGAUAACAAUCGGCAUUACAAUCACAUAAAUUCGCAAUUCACAUUCACACCGGAGGAAAUCAAAUACGAUAACAAACAUUAUAAGUAUCUCAAGUACACCGCCUACAAGAAGGACAACCAAUACCCAGAGGAUAAGCACAAAAUCCGUGGCUAUAAUGAGGUGGUCGAGAAACCACAAAAGUACAGCAAAAAUAGCAUGAACAAUGGUUUCCUCCCCUCCAAAUCAGCCGAAUGCAAGCCACAACAAUUGACCGCCAUCGGCAAUCGCCUGCUUGACUGGUUCUCCGUUAUAAUGGCCGACAGCAAGAAACGACGACAACAUAGCCAAAAAUCGAAGGCGCACUUCCCACCCGCCUGCAAGACCGAGGCCAAAUGGAUGUUCGGCCAUUUGGAUUUGAACAACGACGGCUAUUUGUCGCUGCAGGAAAUGUACGAUUUGGAGCAUGAUCAGAAUGAGCGUUGCAUUAAACCAUUCAUCGAUACAUGCGAUUUGGAUCAGGAUAAUUCGAUUAAUACGCGCGAAUGGUGCCGCUGCUUCGAGAAGACCGAUCGCCCAUGCGCCGCGGUACGACGAAGAAUCGCUGGCGAUUUUGCAGGUGAGAUAGGCGCCUAUGCACCCGAUUGCGAUAUCCAGGGUUUCUAUAAGCCCACUCAAUGUCAUAAUUCUGUCGGCGUUUGCUGGUGUGUGGAUAAACAUGGUGUCGAAUUCGCCAAUACACGUACUCGUGGCAAGCCCAAUUGUGAAUCCGUUGUGAAUAACGCCUCAUCACUCACCUCCGACGAUGAGGACGAAGAGACCGAAGACGACGACGACAGUGCGGAAGGAAGUGCCGAUCAAAUGUUGGUAUUCUAAACGAAAUGAAACUAAGUGGCAGAGUUUGAAAACGCUCAACACGAGGUAGGUGCCGGAGAGAAUGAGGUGGUGUAUGCUGUUGGGAUUUUACUUGAAGUUGAGUUGGAAAAUGAGGAGGCAGACAAGGAGAAGAUGAAAAAAAGGAUAUCUCAAACUUAUGAUUUUUAUUUGAAGCAUUACAUAAGUAAAUAUAUAGACAUAAAUAUAUAAGAACAAUGCUGACGCAGUUGAAGGUAACAAGUGUUGGCGCAAAUUGUAAAAGAAGAAAUCUUUAUUAAACAGUAGCGUUGAAAAAAUGCUAAAAUUGUGCGCAAUGAAAAAUUAAUUUUGUAUGUAAAUUAAUUUUUAUAAAUAAAAAACAAAACAGUAAUAUAUAUAUAUAUAUAUAUGUAUACAUAAAAGAAAAGUAUUAAAAAAUGAUUGUAAAAUUAUUACAAAAACAAUAGUAACAAUUAGCGUAUUAAUUCUCAUUUCUCUUACAAAAAAAAAAUGCAUUACAACAUUUCCGGCAUGCGCUCGCAACAACACAGAUUACAACAAUUGCAUAGUACAGUAGUAUAAGUAACUAACGGGAAAUAGUAAGAAUUGCUGUAAGCGUACUCUCUGUUGCAGCAUUUGAAAAGCUUAUGCAAAUUUACGAAAAAAGCAAAUAAAAAAAGAGAGAAAAUUAAAUUAGAAGUAACGGUAAAGUGCAUAGAAAACUUAAUGUGUGUUGUUUUUGUAAAGAAAAGCAGAAAAAUUAAAGACAUACAUACCUGGCAAGCUUUUGGACUAGUAAGCGCUUACACACACAGUGACAUAUACAGAGAGACACACGAAAAUGCCACAAAAUAGCAGUAAACUUAAAAGAAACACAUAAAGAAACACCAAAAAAAAAAGCAAAAACAACAACAACAAAAAGAAACACUUCUAAACUCCCCAUACAAGCAAUACUCUUAAACUGAUUAAUUUUCUUGUUUGAAUUCUCAUGCCGUCGUUAGCUUAUAAAGUGUAGCAAAUUAGAAGAAAACUAAAUAUAAAAUAUAAUAAAAAAAAUUAAAUUAAAUUGAAAAAAAAGAUAAUGAAAUUUAUAAAAGUCAAAGUUUAAGAGCAAAUUAGCGCCUAAUCUGUUGGUCAACUCAGCCAUGACACAGCAAAUCAUUUUUAAACAUACUCACUUACAUAUACUAUAUACAUACAUAUAUAUUUACUUUACUCUUAUGCAUUUAUUUUUCACAUUUUACAUUUCAAAUUUGAUUUUCACUACAUAUUCCGUUAUAGAAAUUUAUGUAUCGUACACGCUAAAAUUCCGCCCAAUAAAUUUUGUGAUAAGUUUUCAAAAAAAAAAAAAUAAAUAAAUGAACAAAUAUAAAAAGCAACAACAACAACUAAAGCAAAAAUAAUUUCAAAUGCAAGUAAAUAUGUAUGCAUUUAACAAAAGCAAAAAUUGAACGCGAAAAAAUUUAUAAGAACCGAAGCACACACACACACUAACAUUGAAACACAGCAAAUUUGUUUGAACACAGCCUAAGUUGCAACUUAAUCGCAAAAAAAGCAACAACAAAAAAUCGAAGAGCGUACUUUAAUAAAAAAAACCUAUUUACUAAAAUAUACUAAAAACGGCGCAUCAAAAUGCAGCAAAACAGAUGCAAAAAUAAGAAGAAAAGUCAGAGAAGUAGAAGUAAAUGCGACGCGCAGCUGCUUUGCAAUCUUUAUAUGAAAUCAUAAUAAAAACUAAGUGACAGUAAUAAAUUCAUAAAUAGAAGAGUAAUUAUUGUGAAACUGCUACCUACCUUAUAAAAUGGAAAGAGUUGCCAACAUAGUUGUACUAUUUAACGAAACCAAAUGAUAAGCUUUUUGAGUGUUGAUAAAUAUGCGUAGUGCUAGUAAACAAGUAUGACAGUUGAAGGCGGACAUUUGCUGCGCUGAAAAGGAAGGAAGAAAAAACAAAAAUUAUUAAAUAUGUAAUAAAAUAUAAAAUAAUAAUACGAUUUUACAAUUAUAAUUAAAAAUUAAUUUCACGCGAGCGACUUGAUUUCAUUUCAAUACAAUCAUGAGCUUUCAUGAGAGCUUUCACGCAACUGAAUCUUUCAAUUAAAUCUGAACCGUUUCAAUUAAAUUUCAUGGUAAUUUAAAAAAAGUUGUAAUUUUUGAUGUCUUUAAAAAGAACUAGUAAAUAUAUCUGUAACUGAUGUUAAAAGCAAAUCUGCGAAAGUUCUUGAAAGCUUUCAUUUGAAAGCCUUUGUCAAAUAUUUUCUAUAAAAUUAUUGUAUUGCAGUACAAUUAACUUCAAUAUAGAAUUCCAGAAAAAGUAUUUAAAGCUUUCACAUAAGCUUUCACAAAUCGGAAACUGAAAUUGGAUACAUUUGAAUGUAACUUUUGUCAUAUAUUUCUAUAAAGUCAUUGUAAACUAAUAAUAUUUAUUUGGAUAACAGUGCAGUUAACUUCAAUGCCUAAUUCUAGAAAAAAAAUUUGGAGCUUUCACGAAAGCUUUCAUAAGCCAGAUUCUGAAAGUAUAUAAAUAUAUAUGUAACUCAAUUUGACAAUUCCUCUUACAAAUGUGGAGCAGUAAUCAGAAUGUGGCAUCUUUUUCAGAAUUUAUCACAUCCCUUGAGCUUUCACUAUAUUAAUUUUCAGAUGUGACACCACAACUUGAGCUUUCAGCAACUUUUAAUAAUUUUUUUUUUAAUUUCAGUAAAAUACUUUUAGAAUUUCUCACAUCUUUUGCGCUUUCUCUGAAGUAUUUUGCAGGAGUGAUACAACUGUUUGAGCUUUCAGAAACGUUCUCUAAAUUUUUAAAUAUAAAUAAAUUCUUUCUAAUAAAAAUAGAAUCUUUCUAUCACAGUUUUUUAGAUCUACUGUGAAAAUUACACAAAUUGAUAUUGUCAAAAGAUAUGAUCAAAAGUGUGUAGGUGAGCUUUCUUUGAAGCUUUUUACAAAAAACACUGAUUAAUGUGAGAUUUCAUGCAAGUAGAGCAGUAUGAAGUGUUUAAGAUGAGUUCCCUUGAGCUUUCGUGAUAUUAAUAAAAGAAUAUUACAACUUUUCUGUUCAUUCAAUUAAAGAGAUUUCCGAUAAGCACAACUUACAACUUUUUCUGUUCGCUUAAGUUGCAAAGUAUUCAUUUAUUGAAAAGCAAUUUCUACAAUUUAUGGUUCGUUUAAUAGUAAAUCAUACUAACAAUUUGCAUAAAAAUUAAUUGCAUGCGAUUUUUUUUUUGUAAAUGCUUGACACACACAUUUAUUGAUGGUUCAAAUAAAUCUUCAAUGCUUAUACUCCAAUAAUUACAGUUUUUGUGCAAUAUUUUAGUUGAACUUGAAUGAAAAUAAAUUGUAUGCAACAAGGCACACCGUUACAGUUUACAAAAAGUAUGCAGUAAGUAAUGGACGCAUAUAUAUACAAAAAUAUGUAUGUAUGUAUAUGAAGCAAGUUAUGAGAACAGAUUAGUGUGCUUAAUAGGAUGAAAAAUGUUAUAGUAGAGAAAAAGCUAAGCAAACAAAUUAAGUGAGGAAUGCGAAAAAUUACCGUAAAAAAGUGAGCAAAAAUGCAACAACAAAAAUCACAGCAAAGCAAAAAUCCAACUGUUAUUACAACAAAUUGGCGGCUAUUAAGCAAACUAAUAGAGAAAUAAAGAUGAAAAUCGCUAAAACACGAAGCAGCUGAAACUGCUGUUCAAUAAAAUUAAGUGAAAAAUAUGAAAUAAUAAAAUAAAUAGCAACAAAAACACUAGAACAAAGUGGUGUGGUGAAACCUUCAAUUAUAAGCAUUUUUAGCUAAUAAUAAUUACCGUAAUUGCUACUUUGAUAAAAUUCGAAAGAAAAUUGAAAAUUAAACAGAAAAAGAACUUAGAAAAUAUUUGCGAUUGGUAUGAAAAUUAUAGAAAAGUAAUAAAAAUCAUAAGAGACAAAGCAAAUGGAAAUAAAUUAAGUAAGUAAGCAAACCAUAUUUACAUGUAAUUUCUGUGCACUCAUGAGCAUGUGGCGUUACAUACGCGUACAUACAUAUGUACUGUAGUAUAUGGGUAUUAUGUACUCAGCAUCUUAAUAAAUGCUUUUUUGAGUUGUUGUAGAAGGCAAAAUAAAAGAAAUUUAUUAUUAUAAGCGUAAGCAAUGCGUGUCAGCAGCUAAAAAUUAAUUGUAUAUGAGACAAGUGUAUUUGUAUUUAGUUGGAAAUUGUAAAAAAUAGGACAACAACAACAAGUUAUUAUAGAACAUUUAGCAUUUUCUUUGUUUCAGGCGGAAAUUGGCAACAAAACUGAAUGAAUUACUGCAAAAUCAAUUUAAAAGCACUGCAUUUAGGUGGUAAAUAUGCAUAAAUAUACAUAAUGAAAAAGAAAAA